GCGUACUAUUUAUCGAUUCUUUAGGGUUCUUCAUUACUUGGGCCUCCAACAAAAUUUUAGAAAUCUCCCAUCCUUCUACGCAGAGAGAUAACUGAUGACAAUGGGAAGUUCCGGUGGAUCCAGCGUCGUAGUUCCUAGGAACUUCCGGUUGCUAGAAGAACUUGAACGAGGAGAAAAGGGCAUUGGGGAUGGGACUGUGAGUUAUGGAAUGGAUGAUGGAGAUGACAUUUACAUGCGGUCCUGGACUGGCACUAUAAUUGGGCCUCACAAUUCAGUUCAUGAGGGGCGCAUCUAUCAGUUGAAGCUGUUCUGUGACAAGGACUAUCCAGAGAAACCACCUACUGUUCGAUUCCAUUCACGAAUAAAUAUGACUUGUGUUAAUCAUGAAACUGGAGUGGUGGAGCCAAAGAAAUUCAGCAUGCUAGCUAACUGGCAGCGCGAAUACACAAUGGAGUCCAUAUUGACACAGCUGAAGAAGGAGAUGGCUGCUUCCCACAAUCGAAAACUUGUCCAGCCUCCAGAAGGCACUUUCUUCUAGUUCAACAAAACCUAUCUGAUUGCGUUCACUUGCCUUUUAAAGAUGGUGGUUCUCGUUAAAUCUAAUUGCAAAUCUUUGGGAGGAAAGCAUGAAAUGAUCUUUUAGCUCCUCUGCUUCCUGUAUCUGAGGAAGUGUAAAGUAUAUUAUGCUUGAACUGUAGAGUAGAUGAUGGAGUUAAAAAACUGAAACCUUCGCAAAGUUGGUCAUUGCUCUGCAUCUUCAAUUUGGACGUUUUAAAAUUCUAGAUGUCCAAUUGUUUGUUUUUCAAACUGUGUGAUGUGCUAAGAUUGAAUCGACUGCAUUCUGUGUAAACAAACCAGUUCCUAAUGGGUGUUUGAUUAUUGUCAAA